UUUUUCGUUUUGAAAGAAUGUGGUUCGAAAUAACCUUAGCUUUGCUGUUGUUAUUAGUAGUGCUUUUAUAUGUUUACCUAACGUAUCAUUAUCGGUAUUGGGUGCGCCAUGGCGUUGUUCACGUCAAACCCACUCCAAUAGUCGGUAAUUUAGGACCUUUAUUGCGCAUGAAAUCCAGUUCUGCUCAUAUAACACAUGCUAUCUACAACUAUCCCGAAGCCAGAAAUCGACCUUUCGUUGGUAUUUAUCUUUUUCAUCGUCCGGCUUUGCUGCUACGCGAUCCCGAGCUAAUAAAACGCAUUCUAAGUAAGGAUUUUCCAAAAUUUUCUAAUCGGUCUUUAAACGCGGACUGUUUUGGUGACCCUCUUGGCUCGCUGAACUUAUUCUUUCUGAAAAAUCCUUAUUGGAAGGAAGUGCGUUCUAAACUGACUCCUUUCUUUACAUGUUGGAAAAUGAAACAAAUGUUCCCUCUGGUUGAAGAAGUGGGACUUAAUCUUAAUGAAUAUCUCUUGAAAAUGCCUUUAAAUAACAAUAAUAGUUUUCAACUGGAGCUUAAGGAACUUUGCGCAUUGUACACCACGGAUGUUAUCGCAACUGUAGCUUUCGGUAUUCAAGCGAAUUCUUUUAAAUAUCCGAAUGGAGAAUUUCGUCGUAACGUGCCAUAUUUAGGCAUAAAAGUCGUGCCACCAAAGCAAGCGGAAUUUUUACGGUCUGCAAUGAAUCGGGUGCUGGAAGAGCGGGAGAAAUCUGGAAUAAAGCGUCACGAUUUAAUCGAUAUUCUGAUAGAAUUCAAAAAUCAAACUACAACCCAACCAAGACAAGAUGGUUUAAGAUUUGAAGGUGAUCUCUUAGUCGCUCAGGCGGCUAUAUUUUUUACAGCUGGAUUUGAGACAACCUCGACAACAAUGUCAUUGGCUUUAUAUGAAUUAGCAAAACACCCGGAAAUGCAAGAGAGAUUACGCAAAGAAAUAUGCGACGCUCUUAAUGAAAGUCGAGGAGAGAUCCCGCAGCAGAUCGUUGAGAACUUGGAAUAUAUGCAAAUGAUUAUAGACGAAACAUUGCGACUUUACCCACCAUUAGCUUUCUUAGAUCGCGAAUGCUCUUUGCCUAAAGGCCAGAGUUACUCCUUAGAGCCGUUCCAUUCGUUUUCAAUACCUGCAGGCAUGCCCGUUUAUAUACCUGUCUACGCUUUACAUAUGGAUCCAAAGUAUUUUCCUCAACCUCACGAAUUUCAACCGGAACGCUUUUCGCCCGAGCGUAAAAAGUUGAUAACUCCCUACACGUAUAUGCCUUUCGGAUUGGGUCCUCACGCCUGCGUUGGAGAACGUUUUACUAUGCUACAGGCAAAGAUUGGUUUAUUAAAUUUCCUACGCAAUCAUCGAGUGACAUUGGGAGCGAAAACUGUAAAAAGUAUUAUAAUAGAUGCAAAGUCUUUAAUCCUUCAACCCGAAGGUGGUAUACAUUUAAAUGUUAUACGGGACCCUUUAAAAUAUUAA